AUAAGCUCAGCAAACUGGCCAAACUUUGACGUUAUAUUAGAACGAAUUUGAACGUAUAUGAGAACGAAUUUGAACGUCAAAAAAAAAGAUAUAUAAACACAAGGUAUCGACUAGCCAUCGAACAUUAUCUCAUCAAUCACACCAAGCAAUCUCAAUCAAUCAAUCAUGAAGGCCUCCUACAUCCUCGCUCUUUUCGCUGUCCUUGCCGUCUCCGCCAGCGCCAAUCAAGCUAAGGACAACCAAUACCAAUCCGCUGACAACACUGCAGCCCAACUUACAAACAACGGCCAAAACACUGUCGGUGUCAACGGUGCUCUUGGCGAAGGUGUCGGUGUCCUUGCCAGCAAGGAGCAGACAGGCACUGUCGUCCAGACACAGAACAAAGACUAGCUCUACCCUAGUUUUUAAUAUUUUGCGGACGCUGUUUUAAUUCUCCUUUUCCCCCCAUUGCAAAGAGCCAUAUAGUAUAACCUCCACUUAUAUUGUUUGGAUGAUCCGCCUUGUUAGGACUCGCUAACUAUUUAAAGCAGUCCGUAGUAAUCGAAUACAUACGUUUUCUCCUUAUA